AUGUUUUCCGAUCACGGGAUCUUAAAGAUGAAUACAUCUGAGAUGUAACUGCAUUAUCCAGCUAAUAGACAUGUGGCUGUAUGCUGUGACUGCAGUGUGACUUAAAACAGGAGUUUAAAGAACAUGCAGAAGACCCAUCCCAGUGAAGAUGGCACUAAUUCCAGUAAAAAAAAGGAAGAAAAUGUUGGCUGCACCUGUAGCUGGGCCCAGGACAGAAGUGAAAUUUUCAGAUGUUGUUAUAUUCCUUGUGGAGUGGAAAAUGGGAACAAGUCGUAGAGCAUUUCUCAGUCAACUGGCUAGAAAAAAGGGGUUCAGAGUGGAGGAUGAAUAUAGUGAUUUUGUGACGCACGUUGUUUCGGAGAAUCUCUCUGGUAAUGAUGUCCUGAACUGGUUACUGAAACGGAGCUUGGACGGUGGGCAUAAAGAAGAAAAAGGAGGAGGUGAAACUAGAACAUUACCAGCAUUUCUCAAUAUCUCGUGGUUCACGGAGAGCAUGUCUGCAGGGAUGCCUGUGGAAAUAGAAAGCAAACACCAACUUAAGGUUGAGAAUGUUGCCAAGAAAGAACAUGAAAAACAUAUUGCCACAUAUGCCUGUCAGAGGCGCACACCACUGCUCAACCACAACACAGUCUUCACGGUAAAGUAUCACCGAGUUUCACAAAAAAGUGUGUUGGUGGCAAUGAGAGAGCACAACUUGAGAGAAAUGCAGUGUGAUUACAAUAGUAAUAAGUAUCUGCACAGCCAGGAUUCAUCAGAAGAGGUGCUGAAAGCACAACUGCAAGUGGCUAAAACUUUCUUAGAUGGUAUAAGAAGUUCAUAUAGUCUUGAUAAAUUCGCAAAAGCAGUGGUGCAGCGGUAG